UUAACUACGAUCUUCCUCACAUGAAGACACUUUUGAUUAAUUAAUUAAUUAAAUCCUCUGUGCCUUUUCGAUGGACCCAACAUCAAUUAUUUUACUUGUCAAAGUUGAAUAAUCUAGACACCUAUGUUCUUCCACGCAUCAAAAACAACAAAGAAAGUAACAACAUGUGUUAUAAGGUUGAUUGUCUAAACUUACAAUAGAACACAGGAGAAAGAAGGAGCACAGGGUAUGCUUUCUUUGAUGUUAAAGGUUUUUGCAGUUAUAGAAUUAGUAUUGGUGAUACUUCACCAUGGUGCUCAUGCCUUGAGCAGAGAUGAUUUCCCUCCUGAAUUUGUGUUUGGUGCAUCAACCGCAGCUUACCAGGUUGAAGGUGCAGCAAAUGAAGAUGGCAGGAAGCCAAGCAUAUGGGAUACCUUCUCCCUUGCUGGAAAUGGGAAUAUGUAUAAAGGUGAUGGAAAUGUAGCAUGUGAUCAAUAUCACAAAUAUAAGGAAGAUGUCCAGCUCAUGGCCAACAUGGGCUUAGAAGCCUAUAGAUUUUCCAUAUCAUGGUCAAGGCUUAUUCCAGAUGGAAGAGGACAAGUGAAUCCCAAGGGACUACAGUACUAUGACAACCUUAUCAAUGAACUCAUAAGCCAUGGAAUCCAACCACAUGUUACAUUACACCAUUGGGACAUACCACAAACACUAGAGGAUGAAUAUGGAGGAUGGGUUAGUCGAACAGUUGUGAAAGACUUCACAGCGUUUGCGGAUGUGUGUUUUAGAGAAUUUGGUGACAGGGUCAAGUAUUGGACCACUAUUAAUGAGGCCAAUGUGCAAGCAAUUUUUGGCUAUGAUAUAGGAAUGUUACCACCUCAACGAUGCUCUCCGGGGCCUUUAAUUAAUUGCACCAGAGGAAAUUCCUCAACUGAGGCAUAUUUGGCGACCCAUUAUAUGCUGUUGGCACAUGCUUCAGCUGCUAGGUUGUAUAGGAAGAAAUAUCAGGGCAUUCAGCAUGGCUUAAUUGGUUUUAAUCUCCUUCCUUUUGGUCUUCUUCCACUAACAAAUUCGAUUGAUGAUGUAAGGGCCACUCAAAGGGCCCAAGACUUCUUAAUUGGGUGGUUUAUGAAUCCCUUUACAUUUGGAGAUUACCCUGAUGUAAUGAAAAAGAAUGCUGGCUCAAGGCUUCCUUCCUUUACUCAAAAGGAAUCAAAUAUGGUCAGGGGCUCAAUAGACUUCAUAGGAAUAAACUUUUACUACUCAUUUUAUGUUAAGAACAGUCAUAGCAGCCUGCACAAGGAGAAUGGUGAUUACAUAACAGAUAUGUCUGUGGAAAUGCAAAGAUAUACUUCAAAUGAUAAUUCUACAUAUCAGGUUCCAAUUACUCCCGAGAUUUUCCUAGGGAUGCUUGACUCACUAAAGAAAGCUUACGGAAAUAUUCCAAUUUACAUACACGAAAACGGCCAACAAACACCUCAUAAUUCAUCAUUAGAUGACUGGCCGAGGGUAAAGUACUUGCAAGAAUACAUUAGAUGCUUGGCUGAUGCACUGAGGAGUGGAGCAAAUGUAAAAGGUUAUUUUGUAUGGUCCUUCAUGGAUGUAUUUGAGUUACUUGUAGGAUAUGAAUCAAGUUUUGGCCUAUAUUACGUAGAUAGGAAUGAUCCAAGCUUAAGGAGGCAGCCUAAGCUCUCUGCUGAAUGGUACUCGAAUUUUCUAAAAGGGAAGUCUAUGGAUCCAAAGAUCACCAAGGAAAUUGAGAAGAAUGCAACUGUGCUUUCACAGAAUCCCUCACUGCAUAAUGCCACAUAAAAUAAUUAGGACAAGUUAAAAUAAAGGACAUUGGUUUAUGAUGUCAAAUAUUAUGAAACUUUCUUCAUUUUGGUCAAUGUAACUACCUGUCCUUUUACAGAAAGCAAAUGUUAUGGAGUAUUAAUUCAUGAUUGAAAAUCAGACUAGUUUUGGCUCUUACCACCGUUGGUGGAAUAAAUAGAAAGUACCUCUCAAUAUUCGCUACCAAUUCAAGAUGGAAUGAAUAAUGUAUAAAGACUAAAUUUGUGAUUUA